AUCUUCAUGCCCCGCCGGUCUUCCGUUCUUGCUUUGCCACCGUCACCAACCAACUCCACGUCUUCGCUUUUGCUCACCGUUCCCGACGACGUGCUCCCGUCACUGCCUGCAGGGUUUAGACUGCCUUUAGAAUGGAUCGCCUUUGCGACGAGAUCCUCCAGAUUAUACUUAACGAGCUUGACGACCCCACAAACUUCAGCGUCGUAUCCAAACCGAUCUACGCCUUCACUCAGGAUCCGUAUGUCCGCGCCUCAUAUUUUCUCUCUCGCUACGGAAAAAUCCAAGCCCUUUAUUGGGCUUUAGGGAGGGGGAAGCUCAUUAAUAACAGGGUUAUCGAUAUCCUCCUGUCGUCAGGCGCUCACCUCUCGCGGUAUCUCGUCCAAUGCGUAAUUCAACAUUAUUAUCGUUCAUUAGUUCAUUUCAUCAAAUCUCCCUGGGCCCGGUCGUUGAGUUUCACUGUUGUCAACCAUUUACUGUCCAUUGCGGGUGAACGCUUCGGAAACAUUCCCGUCGGUAAAGGCGACGACGAUGGACAGAAGUUCAAUAACUUGUUGAAGGAGAGUCGGCUGUCUCCCGAGCAGAGAACUCUGAAGUGGGAGACGUUGCGGGAUAUCAUGGAAAAGUAUAAGUUUAUUCCUUUUUGUAAUAAGGACCCAAUGAUGUCGCAGUUUCCCCUUGUUCUCGCCAUCGAACCCCGUCUGUUGCCAUAUGCCCGAGCCAAUGGAUUCAAUAUGGAUCGGAAGUAUCGAAAUUUUGUGUUCCGCAAGAUGUUCGAGAAGGCAGCUGGCAUUGUCGAUAAUCGAACCAGUGAUAUUGUCAACAAUGUCCGACAACUCUCAGAACUGGAUUCCCAAAUGUUCCUCACUCGCACGGUAGCCGCUGAAAUUUGCAUGGAGGCCAAGUCGAAUGAAGCUGCAUAUAAUGCUCUCAAGAUACUUGAUAAGACUGGCGUCCUCAGAUUUGAACUUUCGUUGGUCGUUCAGGAUCUCAUUAAGUUAUUCAUCAACACGCGCUCGGUAGCGCACCUCACUACUCAUGCUGUACUCCGACAGUUAUUCCUAGAUUACCCUGCUAAGGAUCCUGUCGUCAGAGUCGUUCUCCUCUUACAGAUCUUCCUCUCAGAAAGGCCCACACAAGUCAUCAACUCUAACGGUCGCAUCGUCUUUGCAGACGCUUACAUCAGGUCCUGCAAGGAGAAAACUGAGGCACUCGGCCUAAACCCUGUCACUCGAGACGACUUAUUUGGUGUUCUCAUCAAUCGUUUUGCACCGGAGCGAUUCGACGGUGUGCUUGAAUACGCUCGGAGGGUAAUGGAGAUGUCUCGGAGCGAUCUGGAAGACCUUGUACAGGAAGUCGCUUUCAAGUGCCUCCAGAUCGGAUGCAAAGGCAGGAUGCUCGAGAAGAUGAUGACGAAUUAUUCAUUCCUUGUCGACUCUAUUCGAGAACACGUCAUGAAGCAUUAUAUGCUUCGAGUGGACGAUUUGCCAGCUUCGGAAAAUGAGAGGUUUUGUAAUUUGUACGAGGCUCCCUUGUGCAGGGAUUUUGUCAUGCCUAGACAUACCCCUCCCGUGUUCGAACACCUGUUGGCGCUCCAGCAGCAGCAACAGUCUGGGCAUCGGGAGGCUCUUGUCCGACACGAGGAUGUCGAGAUGCAGGACGUUGAAGAGGCCGCGCCCACACCGGACGACGAACUUGAAGAUACCGAUUAUAUUGGGCAGGACACCCUAUCCACUAUGAUCCGCAAAGACGAGACUCGCGGUCGCCGUAGGUUCUAUGAUUACCAUAUGAAUACCACCGAUACCGCAGGGAAACUAACAUAUCCCCUGGACUAUAUGCCAAUGGGUAAACUCAUUCGCAACACAUUUGGUGUUCGUAGCGGUGUAGCCGCUGUGUAUAUGCUACACGCUGUGGCUAAUGGAAAUCCUAUGUCUGUGCAAGCCCAUGUCUCCUUUGGAGAGUCUAUCUCGCUCAAUGCUCGAAUACCUGUGACCUUGAAGCAGUUCAAGAUCCUGGCGCGUCUGGGCAGAGCACCGACUUCUGCCCUGUUUGAUGACAUCGAAGCCGGCGCCGAGUUUUUCUUUAGUGAAGAGGACUAUCUCACACCUGAAGAACUAUCUGGGACACCUCGCAAGGUUCGCAAGCGACGGUAUUCUCGCAUUCGUGUCAAGAUCGUGACAGAAUACUCAGUGAAGACGGAAGACACUCCAGGCCCAUCGUGUCUAGCUACCCCUUCUCGCUCGUCUUCAGCUGGUAUCGGUGCCUCACCGCAAUCUCCAAGAGGGCUCAAGCGACCGAGGCGGAGUACGGCGUCGGCUGCUAAGAGCUAUGCUGUGCCUGAUAGCGAUGACGAAGACAUUGCGGAUGCGGAUGAUACUUUGCUUCGUCAGACCAACGCACAUUCCAAGAUGCGCAAGGAAGAGUCGAACAUGCAGAAGUGGAUCAAACAUCUCUCAGUGCUUUUGAAAGAAGAGCAACGCAAAUACAACGAGAAGAAAAAACGUGCUCAGGCAGCUAUUCCUCCGGGCACUAAAGUUCGCUUCGCCAGAAAUGAGUUCCUCCGGUCGUUAUCGUACCAACUCCUGCGUCUACGUAAAACGGACUUGGAAAGGCGACAACAGCUCUACGGGCCUGACGUCGCAAAUGAGAAUUAUAGCUCUGGAGAAGAAGAUGAGUAUCAGGAACGGACUCGGACAAAGCGGCGAAGGGUUGCAGCGUGACUUGUAGGUUAUUCUUCUGGAUUCGGUUCAUACAGCCUGCCUUUUCUCUCCCUCCCCCGGACUUUGCAUAUAUUCAAUCUCGCUAACCCGCAUCCCAUCAUUCACGUUAUGCAUUCACCCAUGUAUCAUAUCAUACCCUACUAAUCGAGAGUCAUCACCGUGUCUUCAAUGGAUCCUAUCAGGAUAGGG